UCUGGCCUUUCCUGUGGCGGCCAUCGAGAAAAAUGGCAAAGAUCAAGGCCAGAGAUCUGCGCGGUAAGAAGAAGGAGGAGCUGCUGAAGCAGCUGGAUGAUCUAAAGGUGGAACUGUCCCAGCUUCGUGUCGCCAAGGUCACUGGCGGAGCUGCCUCCAAGCUUUCAAAGAUCCGCGUGGUGCGCAAGUCCAUUGCCAGAGUUCUUACCGUCAUCAACCAGACACAGAAAGAGAAUCUGAGGAAGUUCUACAAGGGUAAGAAGUACAAGCCCCUGGACCUGAGGCCCAAGAAGACUCGCGCUAUCCGCAGACAGCUGACCAAGCACGAGCAGAGCCUCAUGACCAAGAAGAUGCAGAGAAAAUCCCGCCUGUAUUCUGUUCGCAAAUUCGCUGUCAAGGCCUAAGGCUGUAUUUUUUCCACUGAAUAAAGCACCUCACCCUUGGACAAAA